GAAACAUUUCAACAAGAUAGACAGAUCAAGCUUUCUUCUCGAUCAGAAAUAACAUUCUUUUUUAUGAUGAGCAACAAGGAAUACAUCUGGCCUAUUCUUGCUUUAUUAUGCAGUUGUUUCAUAUUUGUGUAUAAAACGGCGUUAAGCGUGUUACAUGAUGAGUAAAAUAUGAUGCAUGGAAUGUUAACAGUUGUGUUAAUUGAGAUACAACGCGAAGCAUAAAAAAAAGAUACAAAAAGUAUAGUUCCGCAUUUUGCUGCAAAUUGGAUGUGUUUUAACUGUGGGAGAUUAAAACCGUUCAUGCUCAUACGUUUGUGAAGGGAUCGUUCAAACAAUCUUAAGUGGACACAUGCUUUUAGGAUAGGAUUUUAAGUGGGUGACUAAAACAACUAUAUAAAACCAAUUAACACAUUCAUAGACAAACAAAAGACUACGAAAUGUGUGAGAUAAACCAUUUUGACACUGCUAGUGCAGCAGUAAGAGAGAAUGUCACGGAUCUAUAUAAUUCCACAUGUGGUAACAGCACACGAGGAGGCAGCGGACGUGGUGGCCGGAGUUACGGCUACCAAAAAUUUUCAUGCGGAUACUGUGAUACUAAGUGUGUAUACAGUGGAGUACAAACUGUAUUUAUCAUUGGAAUAAUUGCAAACUUUUUUGUGAUAGCUCGCGUGAUUCGAGACAAGAGGCUGCGCGAUUCUACAUUCGUUGCAAUAGCAGCAUUAGCUGUGGCUGACCUACUUUUUCUGACCUUGAAUUUGUCGACAGCUUUUGAAAGAGUUAUCCUAUCAGUCACGUGUUCUUCUCCAAAGGUAAUUAGUAAACCUUACUACAUACUGAAAUCCAUUUUCUGGUUCUCUGCGAACACACAUGUAGCUUUAUUAGCUAUUCUGCGAUAUAUAACACUUGCAUAUCCCCUGAGAGCCAACGCUUUCCUUAGCCCAAAGAAAGUUAUCUUCUCGUCUUUACUUGUAUGGGUUCUUGGAUUCGUUAUCACCGGAACGUUAACAGGACUUAUAACUGUGAGACUCAUACUUCCGGGAAGAUCGCAGGAGUUUUUGAUCUUCUUGUGGAUAUCAGUGUACCUGCUACCCCUGAUUGUAACCUGUGUUCUUCAUAUACUUAAGAUAUGCCUUGUCAAAAGAGCUGUCACUGAAACAGCUACGGAGUCUACCCGGAAGUCGAUACAGCGCAUGUCUAAGAUUGUUAUCGUUGUGAUUAUAAUGGCGGCCGUACUUCCGUUACCGCGCUUGAUUAACAAAUGCAUGAAACUUGCAGGCCGGGAUGUUUUCCCAUCAAGUGACUUCAAAACACAUUUUGGCGAAAUUGCGGACAUAUUAUUUCUUGCCAACAAUUCCAUCAAUCCAUUUAUCUACGGGUUUCUGUCAGAUAAAUUUCGAAGAAGCUUAAAACAAAUGUUUUCGUGUAUACCUGGCGUGAAUGAUGACAGUGUCGCAACAACAGACACGCCAUUGUCUGUAAGAAAACAGAACUAUGUUUUAGAGCCAAUGCCCCGGAAGUACAGCUAUGCCGACAGUUUGGACAGUGUAGAGAGAGUGUGACAUAUUAAAGUAAAACACAUAGUAACUUAAAGUGACAAAACGUUAUUGAUCUGGUGUUUUAAAGGGACAGGAUGGAGUAUUCACCUCAUGAUUUGAAACAGACAAUAUCAUGAAAUACGUCGUUCAUAUGACGUAUCAAAAUAUGUGACGUGUUUCCAAUUUGAAAUAUAAUAGUUGUCAAGUGUGCGUUGUAAUAAAACGUUUUUCAAGAUACAUUGAAAUGUGACAGUCAACGUGGUGACGUUGUAAAAAAGUUUGAAAUUUGUCUUGUUGUCCUGUUGGCAAUAAGAUUUUUUUUUUAAAUGUGUAAGUUUAUCGCUGACUAACAUUUUAUUUAUUUCACUGGUCACUUUGAUAUCAGUCAGUAUUCUAUAAUAUGAUAUAAUGCACCAAACAAUAUUUGAGCCGCGCCAUGAGAAAACCAACAUAGUGCAUUUGCGACCAGCAUGGAUCCAGACCAGCCUUAGCAUCCGCGCAGGCUGGCCUGGAUCCAUGCUGGUCGCAAAAGCACUAUUCUGGAUUUCUCAUGGCGCGGCUCAUUUCAUUUAUUUUUGACGUACUUUAGUUUUUGCUCUUAUCUGUGAAUAUAUAAAAGUGCCAGAGUCUAAACUUUACCACCUUCAUACCAAGUAGCAGUGUUUAGUUUUCAGCCCAUCUUAAUAUCUCGGACGGAUCCUCGGGCCUUACGCCCAAGUAUCAUUGCAUAACGGUAUAACAUCUGAAGGUUUAAGACUAGUUGAAACCAAAUUAUCAACGAAAAAGGGUUAUGAAAGAAUCAGGCAUGCUUCAUUUUGUCAUACAUUUUACAUUUUAAUACACUUUACAUCAAAUACGCAGAAUACGAUAUAUGAUAGUUUAGUAAGAAUUUAAAUUGUGUAACCUAAUGAGCGAAAUCCAUGUGUAUGGCACUCUUUAAUAUUAUAAACAGAACAGAACAGAAUAUAGUUUAUUCAGCUAGUACUCUUGUUGUACAAAACAUUCAUAUAAUGUUAAUAAUGUACAUGGUCAUUUAGGUCAUUAUGUCUUAGAGUAUAUUUUGCACGAGCUAUGACAGUAUGUGUCAUGUUAUAUUUUGGCACGAUCGAUAUAUGACUGUAUGUGUCAGGUUAUAUUUUGACACGAGCUAUGACAGUGUGUGUCAGGAUAUAUUUUGGCACGAUCGAUCUAUAACAGUAUGUGUCAAGUUGUAUUUUGGCACGAGCUAUGACAGUAAGUGUCAGGUUAUAUUUUGACACGAUCUAUGACAAUAUGAGUCAGGUUAUAUUUGGGCACGAACUAUGACAGUAUGUGUCAGGUUAUGUUUUGGUAUGAUCUAUGGCAGUAUGUGCCAGGUUGUAUUUUUGCAUGAGCUAUGACAGUACGUGUCGGUUUAUAUUUUGGCACGAGCUAUGACAGUACGUGUCGGUUUAUAUUUUGGCACGAGCUAUGACAGUAUGUGUCAGGUUGUAUUUUGGCACGAGCUAUGACAGUACGUGUCGGUUUAUUUUUUGGCACGAGCUGUGACAGUACAUGUCAGGUUAUAUUUUGGCACGAUGUAUGAAAGUAUGUGUCAGGUCAUAUUUUGGCACGAGCUAUGAAAGUACGUGUCAGGUUAUUUUUUGGCACGAGCUAUGACAGUACGUGUUAGGUUAUAUAUUGGCACGAGCUAUGACAAUAUGUGUCAGAGUAUGUUUUGCAACGAUAUAUGACAUUCCGUGUCAGGUUAUAUUUUGGCAUAUUCUGUGGAUAAAUCAGUAAAAAUGUUUUCGAACAAUUCAAAGGAGAAAUUAAUCAAGUAUUGAAGAAGAGGACGCUGAUAUUUUCAUGUGCUGUGAUAGUGAAGAAAAAAUAGGUGGGCAAUAAGGACCAUUUAGUAUCUUGUAUUUUUAAACGUUUUAUUAGCUUUACAAAGGUGACAAUUAUUUGACAAUAAACUGUACUUUAGAAUGAGAUUAUCAGACGUCAGCUACGUCAUUUGAGCCGCGCCAUGUGAAAACCAACAUAGUGCGUUUGCGACCAGAAUGUAUCCAUCAGGCUGUCUACUAACAGUUUCUCUUAUUGCAACAGAAUUAAAAGCGUACAGCAUGGACCCAGACCAGAGUGCGCAGAUGCGCAGACUGUUCUGGAUGCAUGCAGGUCGCAAAUACAUUAUGCAGGUGCGGCUUACUUAUUUAUGCUGAAAUGAUUCUAUAUCGUAAAUUGCAAUAAUUUCACAAUUGCCUAGCGGCGUAUACUGCGGGAUUAACUCUAUGUUGUUUUGAUUCUAAUAUGUCUCUUUUGCCAAAGAACAAUAUAUACUUAGUUUGAUAUAUUUGAACACGAAGAUGAAGUUAUAAGGCUGCGGAAUAAUUUCAUGAGGACGUAGCCCGAAUUAUUUUCUCUCUGCGGUGUAUAGCCAUAGGGCAUUUUAAAAGCAUGAUUAAAACAUGUUUCUGCUA